AUCAUGACCACGACGACGGCGGCGUCAGCUCUUGGCACGUCAUAAUUCGCAACCAUUUAAGGGCGCGCAACGCGCACAAGAGAGAAAUUGUGUGUCAUUUUUUCGCACCAUCUGGCAACCACCCCCGACGGCGUAAAUAAUGUCGAGCCCGGGGGGUGCCGCCCAAGUAGUCGGAAACGGAACGAUACCCGUGGAUGCGGACGUAGACGUCGUGUACGGCAGUGUCCUGUUUCAGGGUGGCAAUAGUUACAGCACGGGCGGCGACGAGCUAACCCUGCUGGAAACACUGCUCUCCAACUACAGUGAUGCCAGCAGUGGUGGUGAACUCAUGAACAUGUCCUCGACGACGGAAGUUCCGUACACGCCGUACGAACGCCGCCCGGAAACGUACAUCGUGCCGAUCCUGUUCGCGGCCAUCUUCAUCGUGGGCGUCCUGGGCAACGGAACGCUUAUCAUCGUGUUUCUGCGCCACCGGGCCAUGCGGAAUGUGCCCAACACAUACAUACUGUCACUAGCCCUGGCGGACCUGCUUCUAAUCGUGACGACGGUUCCGUUCACGUCGAUCGUUUACACGCUGGACUCGUGGCCCUGGGGCAGCCUACUCUGCACCUCGUCCGAGUUCAUCAAGGACGUCUCGAUUGGCGUUUCGGUGUUCACGUUGACGGCCCUGUCCGGUGACCGGUUCUUCGCCAUCGUUGAUCCGCUGCGGAAGUUCCACGCACAUGGCGGUGGACGGAAAGCGACCCGGAUGACCAUCGCCAUCGCCGUCAUGAUCUGGGUGCUGGCGAUUGUGUUUGCCAUUCCGGCCAUCAUGGGAACGCACAUUCGGACGGCUGUGGUGAACAAGGACGUGACGAUCGACUUUUGCUACCCCUUUCCGGGCGAGUGGGGCCCGGACUACGCCCGCGGUAUCGUACUGGGAAAGUUUCUGGCCUACUACGCGGUGCCACUGUGCAUCAUUGGAAUCUUCUACGCGCUGAUUGCCCGUCAUCUGAUCCACAGCGCAAAGCACGUGCCGGGGGAAACGCAGGGCACGGUGCGGCAGGUGAAAGCAAGACGGAAAGUGGCCAUCACGGUGCUGGCGUUUGUCGUCAUAUUUGGCAUCUGCUUCCUGCCAUCGCAUCUCUUUAUGCUGUGGUUUUAUUACAACCCCAACUCGCAGGAUGAUUACAACCACUUUUGGCACGUGCUCCGGAUAGUUGGCUUCUGUUUGUCGUUCGCGAAUAGCUGCGCCAAUCCGGUCGCUCUCUACUGUGUCAGCGGGGCCUUCCGGAAGCAUUUCAACAGAUAUUUGCUCUGUGAAGGAUCGUCCAGUGCGAGGAGGCGCCGGGGGGACCACAUGGGCCACCGGGACACAUCCAUGACGAGCACCAUGUCCAGGCGGUACCCCAGCAAACGGAUCGGAACGCAGUCGAUGCGAGUGAACAUCCAAGAGACAACAAUCAUUAUGCUCCCGAACGGGAACACCAACGGGAACCACCUGACCGCGCCCCACCUGGACCACCGGGACGGCAUCUGCCCGUCAUAAUACAAGCCCAUCUUCACCGACGAAAUUAUGCAGAAUCUGGUGCUGUGCGGUGACCUUCGGCACGUUUAAGUGUCCCCAAUCACCCGCCCAAUGACCAAGCUAGAGCGAGAUAAAGAGAACGAGAGUGCGAGUAUGAGUGUGAGUGUUUGUUUGUGUUUUGUCAAGAAUCGUCAAAGAACCGGAAAAUUCUGACCAUUCUGCAGUUGGACGGGACUGCAUUGCAUUCUGCGAAACUUAUGGUGAAAGAUUUAUAUCUGAAAUGAGAAACCAGGUCCAGCGCUAUUGUCCCAGAACAAUGGAAAGCCGGUCGGUCGGUCGGUGAAGAUGGCCAAUGAAAGCAUCCGCAGAUUUCUCUUCAGAACAGACUCCUGCACAGAUUCAGCACUCGAGGAUGACUUCCGUCAGCAAAAAGGCACCUGAAAGCCGGAGACAAAAAGGCCCACCCCACCUCCAUCACAAGCAGGCUAAUUGUUCGUGCACCUGGGCGUGUAAUCUCACACAGUACCAAACCAAACCAAAGGACACCAAGGACGACGAGGACUCUAUUUUUUUCAAGAACCAUAACGCAAUUCCUCUUAACCGGAAAAGGCACUACCCCAGAUAAGAGAAAAAUAAUUGGGUCUAAUUACGAUUUUUUGCCUGCGCCGGCCGGUGGUCAUACCUUGGUAGAGUUGAACGGUUCGGGCAAACAGUUUAGAAGUAAAACGAAAAUGAGCUGUCAUGAAAAACCAACAGAAGCAACAUCAUUAGUGUGACAAGGAAAACAGUGGGGUGCUUUUCAUGUAAAACAGUCAGAAGCUGCUGCCCUUUUCGAUCUUGAUUCGGCGUGGUCUUGGUGAUGAGGACGUCGCGAGGGAUUUGAAAUGAAAAUAAAUUUCCGGAGCUCCUGGAAGGUUGGCGUUUGCACCCCGGUGACCGCAGCCAAAGGUUAGCGUCUGAUUUGCGCAUCUUGGAAUUUCAGA